AAAAACAACGAAAUCAUGAAGUUCACCAUUAUUUUUGCAUUGGCCGUGUGCCUCGUCUGCGUAAAUGCGGUGAUGGUUCCCUAUCCCAGCGAGGACUCCUCGGUGGAACUGGACGAUAUGACCGAUGGCUUUGUCGAGGUGGAAGAAUUCGGAUUUUUAGGAGGAGUCAAGAAGGCCCUGAAGAUUGCCCUGCGCAGUGUGAAGGGAUUCAAUUGUGUCAUCAAGUGGGUGGUCGGCAUCCAAGACAGCGCCACUCAGUUCAACGCAAACGUGGCUCAUUGCGGCGCCACAGCCAGCAACGAGGUGACCAAUCUGAUCAACGCCAACCUCAAGAUCAUCAGUACCUGCAACGACAUCAUCAACCUGAAGUCGAACGUUUGCAACGAUGCGGAUGACGAGCAGACCAAGAUCUCCAACAGCUGCUUCGUGAAGACCCUGCGCAAGAUGUGGACCCUGAGCAAGCAAAUCAGAACCGCCAUUAAGCUGGCCAAGAAGAUCCCGCAAACAGGACCGAAUGCCGUGGACUGUGUUAACGAUGCGGUCAGCACCCUGGUCACCUACUACACCGCCUUCCCCCAGAACAUGGUCACCUGCUCCCAGCUCACCUCCUAAAGGGUUUUAAGCUCAAGCAGUUUUAAAUUCCAGCAUGCAAUAAAAAAUCCGUGACAACCACAA